AAGCUCUAAAUGCAUUUUUCCUCAUUGUACCUUGACAACCCUAUAAAUGCACUCUGCCAUAACUUUUAACUACUCACUUGUUCUUUCCUAAAGAAAUUUCACUCUCUAAUUCACUACUUUUUAUUAAUAUUCUCUUUCAUAUUUGUCUGACUUUGCAGUCUUCUUCUGGCUGAACUACACUAAGACUCAUCUUUCAAUGACGAAAAAUUUGUUUUCUUACAUUCAUAGUUUACUUGUAAGGAGUAAAGAGUGUGUUUUCAAAUGGUUUUUCCUCAGAUUUGCUGGCUUUUCUUCUGGACUCUUGUUGAUGCUCAUCAGGAAUGCUAUUUGGGCUCUUUUUAUGUGCUUUCUUGCUUUAGGAGGGGCGACAGUAGGUAUAGCGACAGGAGCAAUCAAAGGGCAGACAACAGAAACAGGGCUUCUCCGAGGGGCAGCAGUUGGUGCUGUGACCGGAGCUAUUACAACUGUCCAAUUAGUCGAACUUGUACUUAAUGGAGAACCAUUCUCUAAGGUUGCACUUGUAUGUAGUCUAGUAAACGGAAAGGUAUUCAUGGAGUGGGUGAGUCCAGCAGUUCUCAAGGCUUAUCAGUGGCAAGUUAGUACUGUGGAAUCAAGUUUGAGGGAAAUAUCUGACAUCUUUGAUAUUAAUGCAAACAAAGGGCUUUCUCAAAUAGUCAUAGAAAAGCUGCCAAAGUACAUUUUCCGUUCAGUGAAUACCUGUGGAGAAUCUCAAGAGGUCACUUGUGCAAUUUGCCUGCAGGAUUUCAAAGAUGGGGACUCUGCAAGGCUGCUACCAAGUUGUAAACAUUCUUUCCACACAAAAUGCAUAGAUGAGUGGUUAAUCAGACAUGGCAGCUGCCCAAUUUGUAGAGUAGAAAUUUGAUUGUAUGCUCUUACCGGGGAACAACUUAGACUAAUUCUACUAAAUCCUAAAGGAGAGAAAAUGCUUGCAGUUGUUUCUACAAACAACUUGCUUACAAAGUGUAUAUUGUUCAUCCCUCAAAACUUGCAAAUGAAUGGAACCAAUGUUUUUCCUGUU